GUUCGUUUCGUUCGCUCACUCGUUCGCCGCGUUGCUUUUUAACCAUUGUCGUCGUCGUUCUUUGGUAGAAGUAGCAAAGGAAGAAGCAGAGCUGUGUGGAAGAAGAAAAAGGCAGCAGCAAGCAAAGGAGAAUCUUCUUUCUUUUGUGUGUGUUGUGUGUGAAUUUCAAUACAAAAAAUUUUCACUAGCCCAAGCUAAAAAAGAAUUGUGGUUUUAUGUGUUGAAAAUUAUUUAAAAAAAUGCGGAAUAAACCAACGCAAGUAUGGUUAUUGUAUGUGAGUGAGACGCGCGUGUAAUUUUGUAGAUAUUGUUGGUGAAAAGAAAAAAUAUUUUGUGUGGCCAUUUGCAAGUGCGGUGUUCGUCGUCGUCGUCCCGCAAAGCACCGCCCGCGCCCAGUGUCUGUGUUUGUGCGCGCGUGUGUGUGCGGUAGCCGUUGGUGCGUCGUCUUUGUCGUCAUUGUCGCCGCCGCCUAUAUAAAAUUGGACUGGCGGACGAACUGUUUUCCGUUUUGAUCAUACAUUUUGAUCAAUCUAUAUUUGUUUAACUCAGUACUUUUUGAAUUUGACGACGACGCUGUAAUUUUCAUAUAAGAUAAAUUUGAAAUAUUUCAAAAAAACAGUGUUUGUGGCCACUAAGUUUUUGAGCGCCAAGCGCCAAUUGGAUAUGGAUAUUUCAACGCCAGCUUUGAACGAUACAAAAUCGCUGUACCGAUGAAUGAACGACGCCAGUGACGCGGGCCAAUACCCAGCCAACAGCGAGUCGGCAACAACGAAACAAAUGCCCUGUGGCCGGGAAAACAAAAGCCAGUUCCAUAUUUAAAUGGCUCCGGGUGCUUAAGUAUCCAAAUUAAAUUUCAUGCAUUGUUGUUGUCAUACUCUACAAAAUCUCCACUAGUUGUAACAAAUUACAACGUCAAGUAAAAAUCUCGAAAAUAUUAAAAAAAAAAAUUGACAAAAAGUACUAAAAAAUAAAUCAAUAAAUUAAGUAAAGUCAAAAGGCAGAAAGUAAAAAAAAAAAUAAUAAAAAGUAAUGCAAACUAAAGUGUUCAAAGGCGUGUUUUUGGAAGUGUUCGAAAAUCUAUUUUGUUAAGCAGCAAUAAAAGAAGUGUGUCUACAUAAAUGUAAAAAUAUAAGUCUAAAAUAUUCGAUGUUUGAAUGUUAACAUUUCAAAUAAAUAGAAUUGCAUAAAAAGAAAACAAAGUGCAGGGUGCAAACUUAAAAAUACAUAAUAAAGCCAGCAGCGUGUAAAAAUGUCACCGUUAUUUUUGAAUGUCAAAGAGCGUCCAAGUACUUUGCGGCAGCGCAAGCAAACAUCGUUUUCGCACCACAGUGCGGUGGUGUGCUUGUGAAACAACGAAAAAUGUGCGCAAAACUCAAAGCAGAGAAUACGCCGUUUAAAAGUAACAAAAUAAAACAACAGUGAAAAAUUAAUUAAAGUAAGAUUUAAGCAUCGUGCAAGCAAGAAAUCUUAAAAUUUCUAUAUACUAAAAGUAAUUGUUUUCAAAAUAAAAUAAAAAUUCAAAAAUAUUUCGGCAAAAGGUCAGUAUAAAGUGUUAGCUUGGUAAACAACCGUGUGCGUUGUAGCUCGUUAAAGUGAAAAGUAAAAAUAUAUAAUUUUUUCUCUACAACAAAGUGUCAACGUUAGUAAUUUUGUAGUUGUCGAAACACAUUACACCCCAAAUAUCCUACUUUCUCGCUACAACUCUCUGUCUCUCGCUAUCACACCCUGCGUGCGCAUUGUUUUAUGUGUGUCCGUGUGAAUUUAUAGAAUUUCUUCGUUAAGCAGCUGUUAUAAAGAAAUUUACAUCUAUGUACAGAAUAGAGGAUACCAGCGGUGCCGCAAUGGAUAAAACCAAGCAGAAAUUAUCCGCAGUUUAUGUAUCCAGCGCGGCAGUAAGUGGCGAGUCAGGACGUCAACGUCAUGCGCCGCUCUACGGACGAUUUGUGGACGAAGAAGAGCUUCCUGCAACACAUCGAGAUGUCAUGCAUCAUCGAUCUAGUCCGACGUCAUCGUCUGAGGUGCGUGCCAUGCAGGCACGAAUUCCAUCACAUUUUCGUGAUCCAGCUACGGCGCCGUUGCGAAAAUUAAGUGUGGAUUUAAUUAAGACCUACAAGCAUAUAAAUGAGGUUUACUAUGCGAAAAAGAAGCGACGCGCUCAACAGACCCAAGGCGAGGAUGACUCCUCUAAUAAGAAGGAGCGAAAAUUAUAUAACGACGGUUACGAUGAUGAUAACCACGAUUAUAUAAUAAAAAAUGGUGAAAAAUUCUUGGAUCGCUACGAAAUUGAUUCGCUCAUUGGUAAAGGCAGUUUUGGACAAGUGGUCAAGGCUUACGACCACGAAGAACAGUGUCACGUGGCGAUAAAAAUUAUUAAAAAUAAGAAACCGUUCCUAAAUCAGGCACAAAUCGAAGUGAAAUUAUUGGAGAUGAUGAAUCGUGCAGAUGCCGAAAACAAAUACUAUAUUGUUAAAUUGAAACGGCAUUUUAUGUGGCGCAAUCAUUUAUGUUUAGUGUUCGAAUUGCUCUCCUACAAUUUAUACGAUUUACUACGGAAUACGAAUUUCCGCGGUGUUUCACUGAAUCUAACACGUAAAUUUGCCCAACAGCUUUGCACUGCACUGCUCUUUUUGAGUACACCAGAACUGAAUAUAAUCCACUGUGAUCUAAAGCCCGAGAAUAUAUUGCUUUGCAAUCCAAAGCGUUCAGCAAUUAAGAUUGUAGACUUUGGCAGUUCAUGUCAGCUGGGACAAAGAAUAUACCAAUAUAUUCAAUCACGUUUCUAUCGUUCGCCGGAAGUGCUACUCGGUAUACCCUACGAUUUGGCGAUUGACAUGUGGUCACUCGGCUGCAUUCUAGUGGAGAUGCAUACCGGUGAGCCGCUCUUUUCCGGCUGCAAUGAAGGCGAUCAAAUGAACAAAAUCGUCGAGGUGCUCGGCAUGCCGCCGAAAUAUUUACUCGAUCAAGCGCAUAAGACGCGUAAAUUCUUCGAUAAAGUCGCGGACGGUUCGUAUAUGUUGAAGAAGAGUCAAAAUGGACGUAAAUAUAAACCGCCAGGUUCACGUAAGCUACACGAUAUACUUGGCGUCGAAACGGGCGGACCGGGUGGCCGUCGCCUCGAUGAGCCCGGGCACUCGGUGGCGGAUUAUCUGAAAUUCAAAGACUUAAUAUUGCGAAUGUUGGAUUUCGAUCCGAAGACACGUGUAACACCGUACUAUGCCUUGCAACAUAAUUUCUUUAAACGUACAACCGAUGAGGGUACGAACACAGCAGCGAGCAUAGCAAUAUCAUCACCGUCGGUGAGUUCAACAUCAUCGUCUGUAGCGAUGGUAGUGGGUAAUCAACAACAACAGCAACAGCAACAACAGAGCCAGCAGCAACAGUUGGUGUCGGCCGCUGCGUUGCAACAUCCAGAGCCACAAGCGCAUGGCAUGCUGCUGCAUCUCGGCUCGCACUCCUCGUCGUCGAACUUGGCCGCGUCCAAUUCGUCCGCGCACAGCAACAGCAACAACAGCGGCAGCCAAUCGCAGCAACCGAAUAGCCUCGGCAGUUUGAGCGGCAGCAGCAGUUUAACGGGUCUGCAUCAUCCCAACAGUUUGAUGCAUGCGCGCAGCGGCUUGCGUGGCAAUGCUGCACACGCCACUGCGUACUCCAUGCCCAAGUCAAUGUAUAAGAAUCAACAGCAGCAACAGCAAACACAAGCCGCAGCGCUGCUGGCAGCGCAACAGGGCCUACAGGCGCUACUAUCGCCCUCAGCGUCGAGUCACAAUAGCAUUGGCAGCAACAGCAGCAAUAGUAAUUGCAAUCCGAGCAACAACAAUAACAAUAAUAGUAACAGCUAUCCGCAUGCCAUGGACUGUGAUCCGCCGCAAAUGCCACCGCCGACGCGCUUCAUCAGCACUUUGUCCAAUUCCGCCUCUGCCUCUUCGUCCUCGAAUAGCAGUAACAGUGGUGGUAGCGGCGUCAGCGGCAGUAGUAGUGCUCGCAUGCGUUCGGCGCAUCACAAUUUCAUCGCACCGCCACAAAAGCCGCCACAUGCUGCCCAGCAAACACAACAGCAACACCUCGCUACCGCACAACAGCUACAACAAGCGCCCACGCAACACAACAGCUAUGCGCCCACCUCACUGCCCGCCGAUUUGGUGCAACAUCCGCUGUCGUCGGCUGCCUCCCAUCUUAUGAUGACCGAUUCGAGCGUCAUAACAGCCAGCGCGGCUGGCAACGCCUCCGGACCGCUCUCCUACACAUCACUGUUGUUUCAACAGCAGCAGCAGCAACAAGCACAACAGCAACAACAACAGCAGCAUCAACAGUCGCAAGCGUCAGCUCAUAUGUACAGCUCAAUGCCGGUGCAGCAUAUGAUGUCCGUCGGCGACAUGUCGCUACAGCACCACCACCUGCAGCAGCAACAGCAACAACAUGCGCAACAUCAGCGACGUGGUGGCAGCGUGGGUGGUGGCUUCGGCGGCAGCAACAGCAGUUUGAUAGGUGUUGGUGGCGGUAGUAGCGGUGGACUGAUGGGCGGCAGUAGCCUCAUGAGCGCCAGCAUGUCAGGCAGUGCCGGUGGUGGCUUGAGCAAUGUCGGCGGUAAUGUUGGCGGUGGCGGCGGCAGCAGUGGUGGUGGUGUCAGUGGCACUAGCGGCUCCGGCGCCAGCGGUGCUGAUGCCUCGUCGCCUAUGGUAGGCGUUUGUGUUCAGCAGAGUCCUGUAGUAAUUCAUUAGUUAGUUGAUAAUGAUGAUACAUACAAACAUACUAUGUAUAUGUAUGUACAUAGACAUACAUACUAUGUGUACGAGCAUAUGAAUAUUAUAAAUAUAUUUGUAUUUAGUUUUAAAAGAGCGUUAAACAAUAGCGAAAUUUGCACAAGCAUCAUACCAGGCACACAACGCAUUUACCUGGAACGCAAAUGCAAUCAAUUGUCAAAGUUCCAUAUAAAAAGUGUGGACUAGGCAGUUCGUGGCGCCCGUGUUGGUGGUUACUGGUGUUUCAUUUCAAAUAAAAAUGGAUAAAUGCAAAAAUAUUCAAAAAUUUGAAAUUGAUAUAAAAUCCACAUACGUUCCACAAAACAUAAAUGCAGUUUCGUGGUAUUAAUAAUUGUAUGAGCACAAAUCACUAUUUUAAACACACAAAAAUUGGCAUCCACAUAUGUAUGUUCCACAAAAAAUCCCAAGCUUUUUGCAAGUUCUGCAGACUAUUUGAUUUUUACCUACCACAAUUGGAGCACACAUUUGGCACAGCGAAUUUUAUAACAGUGAAUUGCUUAGAAAUAUUAGUGAGCAUACAGUUAUUUCGAGUGAAGCACAAGUGGUCCAGCAGUUUUGGUAAAAUUUCUAUAAAAAAAAGGUAUGCAUUUUCUCUUCUUAUGUUAAAUCAAGGUAGUUACCAUUGCAAAUUUAGAAAGUAUAAAUAAUUGGAAGUUGUGGACAGUAAAACAAAAUACGGUAUGCAUUAAAUACAAAACAAAGCGGCCUUCAUUAGAUAUUUGAAAGCAUUUCUAAAAUUCCCAAACAUUGCCAAAAACCAACAAAUAUAAUAGGUAAUUUAGUGAAAUUUAAAUUAUGUUCCACUUACUUUUGAAAGGAUUUCAAAAAGUUUGAAGCUUCAAAAUUAAGUUUGAAUAGCGUUUCAAUGCAUAUAAUAUAACUGCGCGUAGUUCAUGUUACGAUCCACAUGCGUUCCACACAAAAGGUCCACGAUACUUUGUAAAACUUUGCAUUUGGAACGUUAUCACAAUAUUUCAUACACAUUUUUAACGGUUUAUACAUGCAACCCACAUAAAAAGUGCUUUGAAACUGUUGUUUUACAGUCCACAACCAUUUAUUAUGAACUUCUUAUAGUAGAUUUUCUGUUGUAUCUAACGAGUUUACAACUUUGACAUACCUUGCGCAAAAUCAGAAAUGAAGUUGGAAUAUAUUUUGAAGUAUCCCAUUAAUUUUCUCUACAUACAUAUGUAUAUACAUCCAUAUGUUUAUAAAAAAUGUUCUUUGGUGCACGUAUGGAAUUGUUCUAACAACUGCCGGCAGCAAAAAUUUCUUUACAGAUUGUGGAACAAAUUUGAUUUCGUUCAAUGCGUUCCAAUUUAUCUACCUUUAACUAGUUGUAAUUUAAAACUAUAAUAAUACAGUUAUUUUGUUGCCUGCCUGCCUUCGAUGGUUAUAUAACGUAAAACAGCACGUAUACGAUUUUUCGUAACGUCAAACUUAAUUUGUUGUCAAAAAAAAACAGAUUAACUAAAUAAUAUAUAGUUAUAAUUCUAUUUAGACUAUUUGUAUUUCUUAUUAUUAUUAUAUUAUUUUUGCGCUGUAAAAUUGUAAAUGCAACCACGUACGUCCUACUUUACCAUUUUUUUGUUGUUUCAUAUUUUUUGCUCAGCCACUCGACACUACCUUACUUUGUAUUUUAGUGUAGUCACUUACAUACAUACUUGCAUAUGCAUAUAAAUAUUGUUUUUCUCGCAAUUUAUUAAUAAAUAAAUUAUUAGUUUGUUAAGACCGUCUAGGAAAUAUGCUCGCGUGGCAUAACAAUAGCAGCAGCAAGCAAAGUUUAAGAAAUAUAUAAAAAAAUACACAAAAAAAAAAACACCUACAUUUACGUGCGCAAAAAUCUCUACAUACAUAAAUACUAAUUAUUUAAUUACAAUGCCUAUAUUACACAUAUAGAUAUAUACAUACAUAUAUUUCAUAAGAAAUAUACAAAUAUGAUAUAUGAUAAGUCAAAAAGAUA